AUGACAUCAGUAAAGCCUGUCGCGCUGGUGGUGGGCGCCUCCCGCGGCAUCGGCAGACAGAUCGCAAUUGACCUGGCAAAGAAUGGCUACAAGGUCGUCGUAGCAGCCAAAACCACAUCCAACGCCUAUGAAACCACCCCUUUUCCGCCGGAUCCGAACUCCUCUCAAUCGACAAUCAACACCGUCGAGCGAGAGAUCAAAGAGGCUGGCGGCGAGGCGUUCGCCAUCCCCGUUGACGUCCGCGAUGUGAGCGAGGUUGAGAAGAUGGUCCAGGAGGCUGUCCGUCUGGCUGGGCGCCUGGAUGUCCUCGUGUACAACUCAGGCGCGAUCUGGUGGUCGUCGGUGGCGAAUACGCCCACCAAGCGGUUCCAGCUCAUGCAGCGGAUGAACCCGGAGGGUUUGUAUGCAAGCGUGCAGGCGGCGCUGCCGUUUUUUGAGAAGAACGAGUGGAAGGGACGGAUUGUUGUUGUCUCACCGCCGAUUUACUCGCGGUUCUUUAGGGGGAAGACCGCUUAUGCUAUGGGUAAGGUGGGGAUGAGCGUUCUCACUCGGGGCCUGGCUAUGGAUUUUGUCAGACAGGGCGCGAAGGAUAUGGCUAUUACCAGUAUCUGGCCUGCUGUUUCAAUUGAGUCAGCCGCCACUGAGAUGACUACUCGAGAAGAUGCAAGUCGGAAAGCUGACCUUCGAAAGCCGACGAUUUUCUCCGACGCGAUUCUAGAAAUCAUCAAAGCUCCUGCGGAGACAGUCAAUGGGCACCUGGUUCUCGAUGAGGACUUUCUGCGAGAGCGUUGUGGUGUUUCUGAUUUCUCCAAGUAUGCUGUUGUGCCGGGGUCUCAGCCGCGUCGCAUCAUGCCCCAGGAACUGCCGGUCCUUGAGGUAGCAGAGCAGGACGAUGAGGGUACUCGAAUGGAUAGUACAACGCUGAGAAGGGCAAAGUUGUAA